AUGUUUUUUUUUACUUUUAAAAAAUUAAGAAAAAAAUAUUUUUUGGUACUUUUAACACAUCCAACGGUAACAGUAUUAUUUUUUAUUUAUUUUUUUAAUUUUGUUACAAGUGAUUAUGUAAAUUUGAAUAAAAAAUCAAAUAAUUUAUCUUCUUUAAAAAAUAAUCAAGAAUAUAAUAAACAAAAGAUACAACCAUGUAACUCUUGUGUAAACUGUUCUGUCUGUAUUCAUGAAAAUGGAGAAUCACAGAAUAUUCUCCCCUUGGUAGCGAUACCAAGUAAAAGGAAAUAUUUUUAUGAACAAGACAGGUCAAAAAGUGAUGACCCCACACAGUUUGAUAACAAUUAUUCUCAAAAAGAAUUAAGUAAAAAAAAAAAAAAAAUGUAUAAUUUUAUUGAAAAUCAUAAUGCAAUGCCAAAUAUAGAUAAUGAUAUUAUGGAUGAAGAAUCUGAAGAAAAUUUGGACGAAGAAAAUUCUACCAAUUUAAGAUCAAAAUAUGAAAAUAUGUUUAAUCAAAAAAAGGAACAUUCAGUAAAUAGCAACGUCAUUUUACCUCUACAACAGCUACAAGAUAGUCAAUAUGUUGGGUUCAUACAAAUAGGAAAUCCCCCUCAAACAAUCAGACCAAUUUUCGAUACUGGAAGCACGAAUAUAUGGGUUGUUAGUACUAAAUGCAAAGACAAAACAUGCUUAAAAGUACAUCGUUAUAAUCACAAAAUAUCCGAUACCUUUAAAUAUUAUACACCACGAACCAAUUUAGAUAUUAUGUUUGGAACCGGAAUAAUUCAGGGAACAAUUGGGAUCGAGACAUUCAGAAUCGGACCAUUUAAAAUUGAAAAUCAAUCCUUUGGAUUAGUAAAACGUGAAAAAGGAACUGACAAUAAAUCAAAUGUUUUUGAAAGAAUUAAUUUUGAAGGAAUUGUAGGAUUAGCAUUUCCUGCAAUGCUUUCUACUGGUGGUAAUCCAAUAUAUGAAAAUUUAAUGUCUAGUUAUAAUUUUCCGCAUAAUGAAUUUUCAAUAUAUAUUGGAAUGGAUAAUAAAUAUUCAGCUUUAAUUUUUGGAGGAGUCGAAAAAAAGUUUUUCGAAGGAGAUAUAUAUAUGUUUCCAGUUGUAAGAGAAUAUUAUUGGGAAAUAAAAUUUGAUGGAUUAUAUAUAGAUCAUAAAAAAUUUUGUUGUGAUAGUGGAUCAAUUGUUUAUGAUUUAAAAAUGAAAGAUGGAAAUAAACACAAAAAAAAACAUUUCACACAAAAAUAUUUUAAUAAACAUCAUUUUAAUCAUAAAAAAAUAUGGCUACGAAACAAUCAUCAUACUAAACAUUGGAAAAAAGGAAAACAUUUCAAACCCUUAAAUUCCAAUGAAAAUUAUUUAAUAUUUGAUUCUGGAACUUCCUUUAAUAGUGUCCCUAAAUCGGAAAUAAAAUACUUUUUUAAAGUUGUCCCUCCCAAGAAAUGCGAUGAUGAUAAUAUUGAAGAAGUUAUAGCUAGUUACCCCAACUUAACCUAUGUCAUCAAUAAUAUGCCCUUUACAUUGACACCAUCCCAAUAUUUGAUUCGAAAACACAACAUGUGUAAACCAGCAUUUAUGGAAAUUGAGGUUUCUCCAGAAUAUGGACAUGCAUACAUUUUAGGAAAUGCAGCAUUCAUGAAACAUUAUUAUACUGUCUACAGACGAGGGAAGGAUAAUAAUAAUUCAUAUGUUGGAAUAGCUAAAGCUGUCCAUACAAAGGAAAAUGCAGAAUAUUUAAACUCGCUACACAAGGGAAUGAUGGAAGAAGAAGAAUAG